AUGGCCAAUUAUAGUGAGACUUUUUAUCAGUUGUUGGUUGAUGACAGUGGAGACAAUAGACCGCUCACUCUAACCGCAGAAAAUCUUGCACAACUGAAUGAACAAGUCAUUACCAAAUCAAAGAGUAAAAUAACAUCGGAUGAAGUACAUGGCACAAUUGUAAAAUUAAAAACAAUUCUUGAUGGCUUUCUCCAACAGCACAAUGUAUUAAACCCUAAAGAUAGAAAUACAAUAGAAUGUAGAUUGAGUGCAACCAAUUUUUCCCGAAAGGCUUUUUUGAUUGAUGGAAUUGAUGGUACCAAUUAUCCUGGCAUUUAUUCGUUUGCUUUCUUUGAUAAGAUGAGAAAAGUCACAACCAUGUCCAAGUUGGAGAAGAAGGGAACUUGCUAUCAGUCCCAAUGUUUUUGUCAGAAGAGUUACUUGUGUGAUGGUGAGGAGAGAACAGGCGAUUUUAAAAUCCUAUUAGCUUUCACAAAUUAUAGCGAUACCAAGGUUGAUCUCUACAUGUCAAUGAAGGGAUUUCCAGUGUUGAGUAAUGUGAAGGGUAGCUCUUCAUCUAAAGAGAAUAGCACAGAAAGUGUCGACGGAAAGAAGAAGAGGAAACGAAAGGAAGAGGAUCAACAAGAAUCUACGAAAAAAACUCAAGCUAGCCCAAGUGGAUUGGCAUCGUCUUCGUUUGGUGAAAUCAGUUCUUUUGAGAGGGAAAGUUAUCAAGCUCUUGCAAAUGAUUUAGAAAAAACAACAUCAUUUGCUACUGCUGCUGCUGCAAGCACAACAGACGAAGAUAUGGAAGCAGCUCUGCCAUUUGCAACCAGUGAGGCAUAUACCACAGAUGACCCAUCUGCACUUUCACAGGAAUCAAUGAUUGCCCUUUUGAAUCAACAAACUCCACUUACAAGCUCGAAUGUUGAAAGUUUAAUACCUCCACCAAUUACUACAGAUAACACCCAAAUACCUGUAAACUUUCAACACCAGCUUUGGGAUCCAUCCUUCUAUUACUCCAAUCUAAUGUUUCAAGGAUUGUAUCGUCAAUUGGAGGAUCAGGUCAAACAAAAUAAUCUAUUAAAGACUGAGGGAAAGAAAUUAAUAGAAAUCAACUCUAAACUGAGAAAGAUAAACCAUGAAUUUACUCGAGAAAAUGAAACAUUAAAACAUGAGGUGGAAGAAUUGAGAAGGAAUGAUAAUUCAAAGCAAAUCAAAAGUCAAAAGAUUCCAGAGCAUGAGGAAGAAUUAGUAAUAGAUGAUGAAUAUCAAAGUAAAGAGAAGCAGCCCUUACUGGUGGAAAACAUUUUCCGUCUUGAUAGUGAUGAUACCUACCAGGAAUCAAUCUUCAGUGGAAAACCAGAGCAAGAAGAUGGAGAUAUGGAUUUCUUCAAUGUCGAAGAAGAGUUUUACGAUUCCUUCAAAUAA